AUGUCCUCUAAAUGGACCUUCAAGGCCCAACCUGGCAUCUUUGUUGAACUCGCUGACAUUGCCCAUCAAUAUCCUGGAGAAAAAGUCACGACGCAACCAAACCUGGGCCUCAUCCCAGAUCAAAAAUACCCCUCUGGCGAUCCAGAUGCACCAGAUCAAAGGGACUGGGCUCGACUUGCGACAUAUGUGAGAUGGCUCAAUGAGAAUAGCUCCGACAAUGUCUCAUACAAAGUCUUGUACCUCACACGGCAUGGCCUUGGGGUACACAAUAAGAUGCACGCCCAAGUAGGCUCCGAAGCGUGGAAUACAAGAGUCUCAUUCCAAAAUGGGGAUGGUAAAGAAACCUGGUUUGACGCCUUUCUCACCGAAGUCGGUGAAAAGCAAGCUCAAGAUCUCAACUCCUUCUGGACCGAUCUCACCCAAAAGCAAGGUGCACCACAGCCCAAAGUCUUCUACACAAGUCCUCUAGCGCGAUGCCUUCAGACAACAGACAUCGUCUUCUCACCACUCAUGGCCUCACAAUCACCACCUCAACAACCCAUCGUCAAAGAACUCCUCAGAGAGCGCAUCACCCGCCACACCUGCGACUACAGGAGGAACCGCACAUGGAUCGCCGAAAACUAUCCCAGCUACAAGAUCGAAGAUGGGUUCGAGGAGGAGGACCAGUUCACCAAUAGAGUUGAGCCUGAGACUGAUGAGGAGCAUGUUGUGAGGAAACAGAGGGCUCUGGAGGAUAUCUUCAAUGAGACGACGAAAGACGACGACUUUAUAUCCUUGACAGUCCAUUCAUAUGCGAUUCGGGCGAUUCAGGCCGCCGUGGGAAGUGGUGUUUGUAGGACACGCGAGGGGACAAGUAUCGCGAUACUUGUCCGGGGCGAAAAAGACGGAGAUGCAGAGGGUCCAGAGCUGGACAUGAAUGACUAUGUGUCGGCAGAUCCUGCGGGCGUGAGCUCGUUGAGAAGAUUCUCCAUGUGA